UGGGGUUCAGUUCAGUUCAGUUCAGUUUUAGUUACCGCACGGCAAAAGCGUCGCUGCUCCGCACAAAUUUAUUUUUAAAACAAACCAAACAAACGCAGCCCCAAACAUAGUGGCGCUGGCGUCGUUACCAUCGAUUCAGUUCCUCCAGGCAGCAUAGACCCUAACCUCAAAUCAGCUGUUGCAUACAAUUGACAUCGUGCGAAGCGCGUCCAGCGAAGACAAUAAUAACAACAAGAACAACGGCAGCAAAAGCAACACACAAAAUGGACAUUCAAACACUCUGCAAUGAAUGGGAUGAGCUCAAUCGAGAAUAUGCCGAGCUUGAGGAGUGCAACAGACGCAACAUUGAGCUGCUGGAGCAGCUGCAUCAGCAUCAACAGAAAUGCUUUAACGAGAUCAAGCAUCAGCGAUAUCGUAUGAAUCAAAUAUCAGCCUCAAUGCGACAAUAUAAAGGACCGGUUGAAGGCGAGGAGAAGGAGAAAUUGGACAACCUAUUAAAGAUGUCGCUAAAGCGCAAGGCGCAACUACAUGAAAUAGAGCAAUCACUGCCGGCACGAUCCGGUCGCUAUCUACAGAUAAUACUAGGCGAUGUGAAUGUCUCGAUUCUGAACAGAAACGACAAAGUUCGCUACAAAGAUGACUAUGAAAAGUUUAAGCUAAUACUCAAUGUAAUUGGACUGAUAAUGGCAUUUUUCAACUUGAUAUUCAACUACAGAGCUCUGGAACUGGCUUUCAUAUUUCUGCUGGUCUGGUACUACUGCACCCUGACUAUACGGGAGUCCAUAUUGAAGGUGAAUGGAUCCAGGAUCAAGGGCUGGUGGCGCGCCCACCACUUCAUCUCGACGGUGGCCGCCGGCGUCCUGCUGGUCUGGCCGCAGGGCGAGCACUGGCAACUCUUCCGCCUGCAGUUCAUGUACUUCAAUGUCUACAUCAGCAUCGUGCAGUAUUUGCAGUUUGGCUAUCAGAAGGGUCUGCUGUAUCGGCUCAAGGCGCUGGGCGAACGCCACAACAUGGAUAUCACCAUUGAGGGCUUCCAUUCGUGGAUGUGGCGCGGCCUGAGUUUCCUUCUGCCAUUCCUGUUCAUUGGCUACGCCUUUCAGGCGUACAAUGCCUGGACGCUCUUCAAGCUGGCCUACUAUCCGCCCGACGCCCCCUGGCAUGUGUCCGUCAUGUGCGGGCUCUUCCUUCUGCUCUUUGUGGGCAACAUCACCACCACGCUCCUGGUGGUGCCGGAAAAGAUACGCGAGCGGGCUAAGGAGCGCUAUCGCCUCCAGAGCAUGGGCAAGUCCAUGAAAUUGCGCAAGGAGAUGAAGAACAGCGCCAGCGACUUGGACAUUUCAACCAGCUCGCAGGCAGCGUCAGCAGCGACAACGCCGACAGCAGCACAGCCAACUACAACGACGCCGACGUCAGCUGCUGCAGCAGCUGCAUCAGCAACGGCAACAGCGACGCCAACGCCAACGCCGACGGCAACGGCAACGCCAACGCCUGCAGAGAAGAAGGCGAACUAAAGCAUAGAGAGCAUUUGUGAGAGGUCUAGCGCUCAGUCAUAUGUUUAUAUAUAAUUUUUGGACCCGAGACCCCAACCACCAAAAACCCUCACCCAACCCCUAAAAUCCUAACCCACUCCCUAGGUUUUCUUUUGGUUUUUUAGUUUGCACACUAAUUUAUUGAUUUCGCUUUAAGCUGGAGAUUUUUGGCUCCCUUUAUUAUUCCUAUUCAGCUUAUUGCAAUCAUUGAUUUUUAUUUUCUGUAUGUUCGUUCCGCUUUGAACGGUAACUUAAGCAAGACAUUCACCUAUUGUGAAGCGAAAAAGAAAACAAAAGAAAAA